UUUAAUUCACGCGGCUUCUCACCCUCUCUCUCCAAUCAAUCCAAACCCUAAUUGUUCGCCUGUAUACGUUUCAUCUUUCUUAAAUUCAUAUUUUUCAAAGUCAAACCCUAGAUGCGAAGAAAAAAAAUAAGCCAAUGGAUCUUCUGUUGAUUUCUCAAACUCAAACCCCAAUGGCGAUUUCUCAAACUGCACUGAUAUUGUUUCCCACCAUUGAUUUCUUGACCAUCGGAAGAAGAAAUUUAUCUUCUAUCAUCUCAAGUUAAGAAACAAGUGGAGGCUACACAAAACCCUCAUCUUAUUAUUAUACAAUCACUCAAUCCACACAAUUAAAAUUCAUUCUCUUCCAAUCCAAUCCAAACACACAACAUCUUCUCCCCAAUUCUUGCUAAACCGUUUCUGAAUCCGAUAGGAUUUCAACAACGAAACCCUAAGUUUGGGAUUCAUUUCAGCCUCCAGUUCGUUGAUAAACUGUAGUUAUUGUAAAACAAUGGCUAAAGGUGGCUUCAAGCAAGAGCAUGAAUUCUCAAAGAGGCAUGCAGAGGCUUCAAGGAUCAGGGAGAAACAUCCUGAUAGAGAAUUCCGAUAUUGAAUUCUUUUCAAAUCUCAUUUGUCAAUCUGUGUUCAUCACCAACACUUUUCCGCAAUAACCCAGAUCAUACUUCCACCUGAGGUGAUGGAUUGGGAGAAGGAUAUAGUAUGCUUGAUCAAGCUGGCAACCGGAAGUUGCGUGUAUCAGUUAGUCAAAGCAAGCUCGCUACCAAAGUAGCCAAAAAGCAUUGAUCAUCUGAUAGAUCCACAGGCAGACGCUAAUACACUUGGGAGUGGAACUCAGAGCACAUACUUCUCGGAAACAAGAAAAGGAACAUUUUCAAAGAUCAAGAGAACCCGAGCCCCAUUUCACUAAAGUGAGAUAGACCCAAUGUCAAUAAUCUUUGACAACCCAACGUCGGCUAGCGUCGCUUGAAAGUUCAUAUUUAGGACAAUGUUCAUCGGCCGGCAAAAUCUAAACAUCAAAAAGCAACAUGAAAAUUGACUUCAAUUCCAUUAGAUCCAGAGAUAAGAGGGUUUCUAAAAAUGUAGAGAUAGCAGCGUAGAGAGGCCAUGUGGUGAAAUUUGGCUCAUGAAAUGACAAUAGAGUAUAGUGUUUAUGACAACCUAACCAGUGGGUUCACUUUUCAUGGACCCGACAAACAACUCGGGUCAGAAAACGGUGCAUUUGGCGCUGAACAGAAAUCAGCAAGCUCAAGGUCAGGUUUUGUUGAAAGAAUGGUUGCUAGAGCUGGUUACAAUGCUCCAAGAUUAAACACUGACGUUAUCAGACCUCCUCCUGCUGACGUGGACAAACAAUCGUCUGUUUUGACAAUCCCUCCUGGUCUUAGUCCUACUUCGCUUUUAGAUUCGCCGGUUUUUCUGUCGAAUUCGCUGGCUCAACCAUCUCCAACAACUGGGAAAUUCACAUUUGCACAAAAUAAAGAUGAUUCUUUUAAAGAAUUCAACAAUUCAUCUUUUGCACUUAAACCUGUUCUUGAAUCUGCUGCUUCUGUUCCUGUUUCCAACAAGGUGGUUGUUAAUUUGCCUUUUAUGUCUUGGCAAUCUGAGAAUCGCGUACCAUCUCAAAGUAUUGAAACCGCCAAAAACGGUGGUUUAAAUGGGAAUAUUGUUCAAGAACAUCACGAAGAAGAUGCAGAUCAAAUACCGAGUCGCGAUAAUGUUAAUUACGUAAGUGAAGAUGGGUAUAACUGGAGAAAGUAUGGCCAAAAACAAGUGAAGGGUAGUGAGUAUCCUAGAAGCUAUUACAAAUGCACUUAUGCACAUCGUCCGGUCACAAAAAGUGAGCGAUCUCACGAGGGCCACAUCACCGAAAUUAUUUAUAAAGGGGCCCACAGUCAUCCAAAACCUCUCCCUGACCGUAGAUCCGAGUUCGCUUCUUCUAACGACAUCCAAGGUGGCACGAUCAAAUUGCUAAAACCAGGUUGGUACGAUCAGCCCACAACCUAGGCCAUUUGUGUUGAAGAAGGUGAUAAAGCAGAUGAAGGAAUCUACAUAAAGCAGAUGAAGGAAUCUACAUAAGAUCUGGGAAUCCUUCAUGUGACCAAGAUCAAGUGUUUAUAGUGGCCCAGUUUGAACCGCACCAAAAAAGAUAAUUUGACAUUAAGAUGUGCAGGGAGACAAUGUAUAGAAGGUAUGCUUGAAGUUGACAAAAUCUGGGUUGGCUACUCUGAAUCUAUAGGUAGCUCAACCGCAUCAACUCUGUUGUGCGUGAAUUGUUAUAAAGGAAAAACAACAUUUGUUUCGCAUGGUCAGAUUACCAUUUUUAAUAAGUCACGGUUACCGUUUAAAAUUGGUGUGCAUUCUGCUAGGAAAUUGGUUUGGUGGUUUAGUGGGCACCCCGAUCUGAGCCACCUGGCACCUGACUUAAAGAGCACAGAAACAACCACGCUUUUUUAGCACCUUCCGGCUAGGCCCUAGGCGGAGCCUAAGCACCUUGAGCGCGCCUUGCACCUGUAAUAACUAUGAUUACAACACGCUACCUGCAAAGAGAAACAAUAUAUUUUUUGUUUCACCAAUUGCAAGUUAUUGACUACAAGUUUGUUUGAUGUGUUCAUCAAUGCUUUAAGUGUAAUUCAAAAUAUCAUGUGUAUAGCUUACAUCAUAUUCUCUUGUAGUUCAUGAAUUUUAUCAUUUUAUAAAAAAAAUCAAGGUUUUACUUUUGGAAAA